AUGCCCGGCAAAGCGUGGAGCAAAGAGGAAGAGCGCGUCUUCUGGCGUUCCAUCGUCCCUCUUUCGGCGAAAGGGGUUGGUGGCUCGCCCAGAUCUUGGGAAGAGCUGGCCGUCAUUAUGCAGCGGGAGAUGGGCCCCAAUGCCAAGCGCCAAUACACUCAUCUCAGUCUUGUGGAGCAUUUCUUCCAGAAUCACGACAAGAUGCGUUUCUCACCCUUUGCAGCUCCAUACGUACACGAGGCGAAGAGGGCCAUAGCCUUGCUCAAGAAGAGUCAGUCGCAGGGUGAGGCGUCUGUUCCUUCCCAGGAUGCCCAGGUUCAGGACAGCUUCGACAAGCAUACCGGCGAGACCACUGACGAAGAGAACGAGACCAUCUUCUCUGAGGGAACCGACCACAACGACGGAGACUACAUUGAUGAUGGAGGUGACGAAGACGCCGAGGCAGAGGAUGACGAUGUUGUCGAUGUUGACAACGACCUUCGCACCUUUGCUCGGGACCAGCAGAUUGAGACUGCUACUCGCGCUGUCAAGCGUGCUGCAGGUCAGCGACCUACUCUCUCGGCCCCUGUGGCUGACAUGAACCCUCACGACCCCGGCUUGGUGCCCCAGCGCAACAUGUCGCAGGAGCGCUCGACGCUGCCCCCUCGCCCUCCCAAGGCUGUCACGCGGAACCGCGACUUCCGUGCUCACCCGUACGACAGCCCCAGGCUCUCUCAGCGUGGUCGGCAGCCGCACCAGGAACGCGCUCGAAUGACGACUCCUCUCGGGACCAACGGCUACUAUGACCAGGGCCCCAGAACCCACCAGGCUUAUUACGGACAGCAAUCCAGCCGUCAGCCUUUCUAUGACCAGGGUCCCAGAAUGCAGGGCCACUACGGACAGGAUUCUGGUAGCCACGGCUACUACGAUCAGGGCCCCAGAGCCCAGACUUCGUACGAUCAGAACUCUGGCUACCAGGGCCACUACAACCAAGGGCGCGAGUACUACGGCCAGACCGCCAACCCCCAAGAAUUUGAUAAUGGCCCCAACUCCGAGACCUACUGGGAUCAGAGCGCCAAGAACCGUGAAUACUACGAGCGGGAGUACGCCGCCCAGUGUCAACAGUACAUCAACCAGUGCCAGGGUCGAAGUGACGACAGCCGGGGCUACCACGGUCAGAGCUCUAGCAGCCGUGCCUACGAUCAGAACCGCAGCGUCGAGGGCCAGAAUCACGAGAACCGGGGCUACGAUCCUGGCUACGACCAGAACCAGGCCACUCAGGGCUACCACGACCAGAACCGCGUCGAGGGCUCCCAGAACUACGAGAACGGCGGCUACGAGCAGAACCACGCUACCCAGGGCUACUACAACCAGAACCGCAGCAUCCAGAGCUCCAACCAGAACCGUGCCUACGAUCAGAACCACGCCAACCAGGGCUACGAUCAGAGCCGCAACCAGCAUGCCCCCGGCAACCAGGGACACCACGCUAACGCAGCGUAUAACACUGGCCAGCACCAGAGUGCUCCCUCCACGAGCUACGGUCACCAACCUGCCAUGCAGUACGGCCAGGACCCUCCGUACCCCCAGUCGCAGCAGUCGAACAUGGGCUACUCUGACUACGCUGUCGGAAACCGACCCACCUCGGCGCGCCCUGAUCCUCAUGCCAUGCCUCGCUACUCGGAUCAUCCAGUCUCGAUGUCCUCUCGCCGCAGCUCAGUUGCGAUGACGCCCAGCUACGACACUUCCGCGCAGCAUAGUGCCGCGCCUUCUCCCAGCUACGUUGGCCAUCCUUCGACCAUUCCGGACUACACUCAGCGCCCCUCCACAGCCAGCUCUGGUCACCAGCAGCCCUCUCGCCGUCCUUCUGCUCACCAGCAGGCCAACGAGGAUCAUCAUCGCCAGGGAGCUCAGAUUGCUAGUCGCGCGCCUCAGAACGAGCAGUUGCAGCGCCCUUCUUCCUCUGCCCCUGUUCGUCAGCCUUCCAACGAGGAUCAGCACCGCCAGGGAGCCUACGAGCCUGAGAAAGAGCUGUUCCAGGCUCCAUCUUUCUCUUCGACCGCUCGUCAGCAUGCCGCCGAGGACUACAGCCGCCAGGGAGCCCACAUCAACAACCGCGAAGAGCACGCGCAGUCCCACCACCCUGCUGCCUCUUCUGCCUCGCUCCCUCAGAACCCUGCCGAGUACGACCCUCAGAACGGCUACAUGCACGACCGUGGACAGACCAAGGACGAGCGGUUCCCUCGCCCCUACGUCUCUCCCUACCCUCCUCGUCAGGACCUCGCCGAGCACAGCAACGAUCAGGGCGGCGGCUCGAGGAAUGCCCAUGUGCCUCAGUACGAGCCAGAGAUGUUCCAAGCCUUUGAGGCUGCGUCCGCUCAGCGCAACGAGUGA